AUGGAACAAGCAAUUUUAAGAAUUAAUAAUAUAUCUAGUCAAUUAACAGGUAAAUGUCCAUUCAAAGCACAUGGUGGUGGAGCAGGUAAAUGUCCAUAUAAACUUGGUGGUGGACAAAUUUUAGAUCAAAGUAAAGCCUGGUCAUUAGUUAAUGUUACAGCAAAUGUUGAUCAAGUUACACCAAUUAAAGUAUUAGUUACAGGAGCAGCAGGUCAAAUUGCAUAUUCAUUAAUGUUUAUGAUUGCAAGUGGUCAAAUGUUUGGACCACAUCAACCAGUGAUCUUACAUUUAUUAGAUAUUCCAAAGAUGGCUGACGCAUUGAAGGGUGUAGUUAUGGAAUUACAAGAUUGCUCCUACCCAUUAUUACAAUCAGUUGUUGCUACAACCGAUAUUCAAACAGCAUUCCUUCAUAUUAAUGUCGCCAUUUUAGUUGGUGCUUUCCCACGUGGUCCAGGUAUGCAAAGAAAGGAUUUAUUAAAAGUCAACGUUUCAAUCUUUAAAGAACAAGGUGAAGCCUUAAAUAAAUAUGCAUCAAGAGGUGUUAAAGUUUUAGUUGUAGGUAAUCCAGCAAACACCAAUGCACUCACUGCACUCAUGAAAGCUUCAGAUUUACCAACUUCAAAUUUCUCUGCUCUCACUAGAUUAGAUCAAAAUCGUGCUCAAUCUAUGAUCUCUGAAAAAGUUGGUACAAAUGUUGAUAAUGUUCAUAAUGUUAUAAUUUGGGGUAAUCAUUCUCAAACUCAAGUACCAGAUGUUAAUCAUGGUUAUAUUUUAAAUUAUCCAAAUCGUGGUUUAAUUGAACCAAUUCCAUCAUCAGUUAAUGAUGAUAAAUGGUUAAAUGAACAAUUUAUUCCAUUAGUUCAAAAUAGAGGUGCAACAGUUAUUGCAGCAAGAAAAUUAUCAUCAGCUGCUUCAGCUGCCAAUGCAAUCGUUGGUCAUGUUAGAGAUUGGUUAUUAGGUACUAAAGAUGGUGAACAUGUUUCAAUGGCUGUUUAUUCCGAUGGUUCUUAUAAUGUUCCAAAAGGUUUAAUCUUUUCAUUCCCAGUAACUUGUCAUAAUGGUCAAUGGACAAUCGUUCAAGGUUUAAAAAUUAAUUCUUCAACUCAACAAAAAAUAGAUGCUACAAUUAAAGAAUUACAAGAAGAAAAAGAAACUGCUAUGUCAUUUUUAAAUUAA